UUACUGAAAAAUAUGUUAGUAAAAAUCAAAAUUUGAUUAUAUGUAUAUUUUUGAAUGAAUUUUUGAUAUAAAUCAAUUUUAAGAUAUUAUUUUGAUUUGAAUAUAUAUAUCAAGUAACAUAGACUCAUUACUUUUAAUAUAGUGUAAUGGACUUUCAAUUUUUUUAGUAGCAUAAGCUCAUUAUUCUUUUUUCUAACUCACUAUUAUCCAUGUUUCCAAACAGUACUAUUUUUUUUAACUACUAUCCACAUUGCCAAACAAUCUCAUUUUGUACUUGAGUUUUAAUAAGAUAGAUUUCCAAAAGUUAUCCGGAUGAUCCAUCUGAAUGAUUUGUACUUUUAGUGUCUAAACAAUUAAAUCUCUCAUCUUUAUCCAGAUGACUCAUCCAGAUGGAGAAACAAACGGGCCAUUGGUCACAAUAAUCGUGACUCUUUUUAAAUAGUUACAAAAUAGCCACGAAAUAGUUACGAAGUAAAAUAUGUGACUGAUCAUGUCAAAUGCACGACUAAAAGCAACGAAAUAGUUUUUUUUUUCUUUUUAAUUGUAAAAAAAAGAAAUGAAAUUAUCAUUAACGGAAACUUAUAAAUAGACACUGUUUUUUUUUCUUUUUUCUUUUUCGUAACACCAAUAUACACUAUUUACUCGUUAUUUAUCCGUGACAAACUAAUCAAAACAUGAAUAAAACUGUUAUUUUGUUGUCAACGAAUAAAACUGUCUUAUAUCUAUGAAAAUAUCUUUUUCACAGUUUAGCCAUGAAUUUACUACAAAUUUUUUGUGACUAUUUAAAACCCUAAACUCUUAACAUAUUUAAAUCCAAAAUCCUAAACCAUAAACACAAACUUUCAAAAAAAAAAACUAUACAUAUAUCUAUAUAUUCUUAAUGAAAAAUAAAGUGUUCUAAAUGAAGUCAACUGUGGAAGCACCGUAGCCUAGUGGUUGAGGUUUAAACGCUUCUACACCCAGGUCUAGGGUUCGAAUCCUAGACUAUGCAAUUUUUUGCAGAUUACAGGAAAUCCAAGUUUCAAAUUCCGGAGAUAGCGGUUUAUUAAAAUAAUUAUACAGACUACGAAAGAAAGGCUUACAAGAGAUCUUCAACAUGGUGCAUUAGACGUAGGUCCUCAUAAGCAGGUAGAUAUUAUCGGUUGUCGAAUCGUCUAUGUAAUCUUUCUCAUAUCAUAAUUGUAAUAUCAUAAGAAAUCAGCGUUAAGAAAAAUGGAGUCAACUAUGGAUCGACAAACACAUUUUGUCGUCGAUCGAUAAACAGUUUUUUUCGUCGAUCAACAACGACCCGCAAGAAAUGGCUGAUUUGGACCCCAUGUUCCACAUACUUAAAAGACUAUCCUUACCCGACUUUACCCUAAUAUUUAUGUGUUAUGUCAUUGUAUUGGGCAACAUACACUUUUUUAUUUUCUAUUAUUUACAGCAUAAGAUUAUAAGGUUUUUAAGAGUUUGGAGAGAAGAUCCAAGACUCCUUCAGAGCUUGUAUUGGAACUUUUUUAUUUUUUACCUAUUCUAUUUAUGUAUUAUACUCAAUUUAUUGUCAUGCUUUGCUUGAUCAUGUUUAAGUAGUUCUCUUUGUUAGAUUUAUGGUUAUUAAGGGAACGAAGGAUUAGCUAAAACUAUAGAAUUAUUAAGGUGAUAAUUAAACAAACUUCAAAGAAUUGCUAUUAAUGAAUGUAUUCUAGAGUAGCUAACUAAGACCUUGAUUUUAGGAUUGUGGACAACUGCGAUGGUAGGUUCUCCACUAUAAUAAAUUCUCUUGAGCUAGGAUUGCUAGAAACAAGCGACAACUGAUUUAGUUAAGACUAGUGAACCCAUCGAUUAGCUCACUAACGCUUGUCUAAGGUAGCAUCGAUCGACACUAACUUAAUAGCAUCGAUCGACGCUCAAUCCGUGUCAACAAGCGAAAGAUUAUAUAUUGGACUAAGUCAACAGAUUUGAUUCGCAGCGGAAGCUGGACAUCUUAUGCAUUAGACAUACCUUAAGCGUUAUAUUUCAUUAUAAUCAUGAUUACCUGAACCCUAUAUCUAGCCAUUUUCUCUUAUUGUAUACAAACCAACCAUCCAAUCAAUCUGCUAGUUUUGAGUUAUUUACUGCUUUGUAAUUUAUUACGUAGCUUAAUCAUUGACUACUUAUAUCUAUUAUGUGUCAUCACUUCUUAUGGAUUCGAUCUCUAAGUACUGCAACUGAACCUCUUAUUUGAGUGAGUAAAAGACUUUCCAGGAUAAUUUGAGUGAUAUAAAAUUUGGCGCUUUUCCCGGAGAGCUUUGAUCGCCAUUAGAUUUGAUUAGUUCGAUUUAGUUUAGGUUAUUUUUCUUAUAUAAAUUUUUCUCAUACAUUAUUUUCUUGAUCUUUUCAGGUGCAUACCCAGCAGUACCAAAAGUACCAAGAAAAAAUCGCUAUUAUUCUCAGAUCCUGCACGUUUGGAAUGUACAAUCUUCAAAGAGAGACGCGCUAUAUCGAUUGACAAAAAUUAAACUUCCUCGACCGAUACCUUUGAGCUACCGCCGAUUGACACUUCUACUUGAAUAUCGAUAGACACUAAUCUGUGAGUAGACAUGGUUGCGACUCUAGGUCUUAUUCAGGAUGGGAAUUGAGAGUUGCAUAAUGCAUCAGGUCAGAGGUUGGAUGAUCAGGGGGUUGUAAUCUCUGAUCAUGAAGCAGCUAAUCUACCAAAUGCUAAUGCUGAGAAUGCCGGAGCUAAUGCUCACGCUGUAGCUGAGGAAAAUGUUCAGGCCGCUCGACCCAUAUCUUUGGCUGACUACAACCGUCAGACCAAUACUAUUCCAAUAAAUUUGCAAUUUGUCCACCUACUUUCUGGAGAAUAGAUUUCGAGCUGAAACAUGCAUACUUCACACUAAUGGGACAGACACUUUUCCAUGGUCACCCACAUGAGCAUCAAAUGGGCCAUCUGGAGGGGUUCGAGGAUUUGGUUUCUGUCAUUAAAGCUAAUAGAGUCCUUGAGGACUAUCUUCCCUGCAAGCUCUUCAAGUACCCACUUGUUGAAGAUGCUUCGCAUUGGCUUAAUCAAUUACCACCAGGAUCUCUUACAUCCUAUACAUACAUCAAGAACGCAUUCUUGCGUAACUUCUUUGAUGAUGCACGCGCUGAAGACUUGAGGAGCAUGAUUGCUUCAUUCACACAAAAGCUUACAUAGUUUUUCAGAAGCUCAUGGAUCAGAUUCAAAUCAUAUCAGAGAGACUUUCCACUCCAUUGAUUCAAUGAAGUAUAUUUGCUUAGUACUUUCUUCAGAGGUAUCGCUUUGGCAUGCCAGAUGGCUCUAGACACUGCUAGUGAGGGAAACCUCAACACUAAAAAUCCAGAAAAGGAUAUGAGACUUAUUGAGAACUUGGCAUCCAUCAACAGCACCAAAAACACUGACUUUGAGAGGAGAAAAGUGGCUGCUAGCUUGGGAAAGGAGCAGCUAAUCGAUGUUAAAGCCAAGCUAGCAUGUGUGCUUAAACAUCACCAACCUGAACACAAAGUUUGAAACUUUAAGCACACAUGUGAAGAAGUUUGAGACUUAGGUGGUUCAGACAAGAUAAGUUGUUAAGAGGCAGGAAGCCUUAAUCAAGGGCAAAGGAGACAAAGCACUAAAAUACCACGUGAAUGCCAUCAUAGAUGAUGAUUUAUGGCAAGUGGUUAAGGCAAAUAAGCUUCAAGAGGGAAAUUUUGAAGUUUGUAGCUCUAUGAGUUUUGGCAGUUCACAUUGGUGUCGAUCGACACCAAGAGAGGAGCACCUACCGAUGGGGUCAGAUGAGAACCGACCGACACAUCCAGUCAAGCAUCAAUUGACACCAUCUAUUGAGUCAGUUGGAUCGUGCGAGACAGUGAGGAUCUUGACCCACAAAGAGUUCGUGGAUCAACACCCUCAUCCACCCCAGCCCUACCGUAUGACCACAUACGAGAUCGAUCAGCGCUAACAGUCAGUCACCGAUCGACAGUAGGAGUCAUGCCACGAUUGACAUGAGUUCUCCAGCAGCGAUCGACACCCGCCUUUCACCUACCAAGUGAGGCUACCUAGCAUCGAUGUGGCCAGACCGAAUGCACUCAGACACCCAUCUAAACUUUCAGAGACAUCGACAAACAUCAACAACCAGUAAUCUGAGGAUGUAACAGAGCCUAUGAUCAUUGACCAGGCUACUGAGGGACAAACUUUAAGGAGAAGGAAAGAAGAGAUUUCCAAGCAUCUAAGGAGAGAAGCUAAUGAGGAGGAGAUGAAUAGCUUCAAAGAAGGGUACUAAGGAUCCUCAUGGACAAGUCAUUCGAUAUGGCUUACUUUACCCACAAAUUGUGGAUGUUUUUUAGAGAAACCAAGGAGACUGAGAAGGACACUGAGAGGAUGUUCCAUCAGGCCAGAGAGAAGAUGAAGCGAAGGGUUAUACUGAAAAAGAAAGAGAGUGAGUCUGGGAAGUUUCUAAUUUCCUACUUGAUAGGAGGCAUCGACUACCCUUGUAGUGUCCCUGAUCCUGAGUAGGAUAGUCUGGACAGACCAUGGUGCGAGGAGACGCACCAGUAAGGUCACAGACCUAAAGACAAGCGUAUCAUGGUCCAUUAGCAUGGUUAAGGGCAUUAUAUAGCUGAGACUUAACCAAGAGAAGGUAGAAACAAGUUCAAAGGACCUGGUCGAGUGUUACGGUAGCUAGACGAUGCAAUGGUGAAGCUUAGUCAGCUCAUGGAAGCUUGGAGGUAGCUCACCAAGUGUAAGUCACCAUGGAUCAUGGGAAAACUUAGUCUAGGUGUGGGAUUAGACCAAAGCACUUAAAAGGAUUGAAUUAGAUGAAGAGAGCAAGCUGGACGAAGUAUCUAGCAGCUAGGCGAUGCAAGCAAGAAGCUCAACCACCUAGACAAAGCUCGGUUGGAGCUGUGUCAGCUCCCUGAGCUGGAUGGACUAGCUCACUCAGCUGUGUCAGAUGGGGAUCAGCUCAACUCAUCUGGACUGAGUAUUCAGGUCUCGGACCAGUAGGGCAGGUCUGGGCGGUUAUCGGACCGGUUGGUUAUCUUAUUAUUUUUGUUUAUAAUUUGCAAAGAGGACUACAUAUUGAAAUAAAGUAAUUACUUAUAACAUAUGAUUCCAAAAACGUUUAAUACAUGUUUUGAAUUCCAAGGUAAUCUCAUAAGAAUAUGCAAUAUAAUGUCUAUAUAAUAUAAUAUGGGGAUAUAGUGUACAUGAAAUCUUUACUAUGCAAUUUAAAGAUCUUCAUACGGCAGUAAUGGCAUUGAUUUGGGUAAUACAUUAUUGUAAAGACUAGAGUAUUUUCCUAAUAUUUUUUUAAUAAUAUAAGUUUCCAAAGAUAUGAGGGGAUGGUCAAUCACGCCAUAUUCGAUCAUAAUAAUUACGAAACAAAAAUCACGAUGAAACAUAAGAACUUUCAAUACCGGAAUUGAUUAUUGAUUAUUGAUUGAUGCAUUUUUCAAUCAAUACUCAAUCAUGGUUUCCAUAUAUUAAAAAUGUGAAUAGAACGUUUCGUGAUUUUUCAAUCAAUUCGCAUAGCAAAGAAUAAGACAAGUUUUUUCUUGGCAUUGGAGCGCAAGUUUUUCGAUAGUAAUUAGUGAAUAUUGACUGAUAUUAAGGUGAUUUUCAAAAUUAUUGUAUACCCUAGACGUCUAUCAUUACAUAUAUAAAUACAAGGCUGUGUAGCCACUUUUACUCCCCACCGUCUUCUUUAUCUAAUCAUCGUUACCAAAACAUUCUCUCAAGCACAACACUCAUGGUGGGCUUUAACUCCGUAGUCCAUUUGAAACUUUUAUGACAAUGUGGAAAGUGAGGGUGGGUAUUGUUCGAUUGUGAAAGCAAUACUCCGCUGAUAGAGAGAUUAUUUAGUUGGUCUUAUGCGAUUAUUUUGUAAGCUGAUAUCGACUCAUAAUAGUUAACAUAAGCAUUAUAGUAUAUACUUUCUGAUCGAGGAUCCAUUGUGUUGUUUUUAUUUUAGAAAAUAUACCAUUUCUCUAUAGUAUUUUGUUUCCUUAUAUUUUGUUUCUUUUAUAUUUUAUUAGUCUAUUGCUUAUGUUUUGUUUAUCUUAUAUUUAUAAUUUAUUUUAUGAAAACAAUAAUUAUAUUACCUAUGUUUUGUUUUAUCUUUAUUUCAUAAACUAUUUUAUAUAAGUUUUUGCUUACUCUUAUUGAUUCAGUUCCACGAACUAUAAUACAAUAAACAAAACAAAUACACAACUUAAAAUACCAAAAAAUACUUAAAUAUCUAUUUAUUUUCUGUCCAAAUAUUUAACCUAAACCAAUUUUUAUGUUAAGUUUAAGUACUUUUGCAUACAUUAUUAAAUUUAUAUUUUAAAAAUUAUUUUUAUUUUUAUAUUUUGAAAAUUUAAAGUAUAUAUGAACUUUAUUUUAAAAAAAAAUUAAAUGUAUAAUCCGAACCCGCAAAGAUCUUAACGGGUUAAAGAUCUUAACCAAACCCGUUAAGAUCUGAAUUGGAAAGAAUCAAACCAAAUUAAAUGGUACCCGAAUGUUAAUCCCUAACCAAAUGUAAAAAAUUUGUUAUUGAUAGCAAAAUAUGUAUUGUUUAUAAUAUUUAAAUAUAACAUUUAAAAAAAAAAUAUUAUUCCGCGUAGGGUGCGAAUAUCGAGGCACUGACGCUCUCUUGAGUCGAGCGAGAUUUUAGGUCAUAAGACCCAUGCUAUUCCGUUCUCCUGCUCCAGCUCAAGAGUUCAUCUAGUACCAGUGCCGACUUUAUAGGUGUGCUGAGGGUGCAUCAGCACAGGCCUCACUAUUUUAGUGAAAUUUUCUUAUUAUUUUAGGGUCCUAAAUUUUGAAAAUUCUUGUAAACUAAGGAUCCAAUUUCACAAUUACUUAUAGAGAAUAUUUUAUUAUAGCAUAGGACCCAAUUAUAUUUUGAGCCGGGCCUGUCUAGUACUUAAUGAAACGCAGCGGAUAGAUUAAAUUGGACAUGUGUUACCUCGGGAAUAAACCAAACUGAUGACGUGGGCCCUGAGAAGAGUUUAGAGAAAACUAUAUAUAUAGAUUUGAGCCUUCUUCAUUCCGAUUAGUCUGAGAAAAGAAAAGGAACCCUAAUUGUGUGGCCAUGGAAGACGACGGCGGCACGAGCGCCCCGAAGUUACCGAUCCCGGGAAAGAGGAACAUACUAAUCACGAGUGCUCUGCCUUACGUCAACAACGUCCCUCAUCUCGGAAACAUCAUCGGAUGUGUUCUGAGUGCUGAUGUGUAUGCAAGAUACUGUCGUCUCCGUGGGUACAAUGCGAUAUAUAUAUGUGGGACUGAUGAAUAUGGAACUGCUACUGAGACCAAAGCUCUGGAGGAGAACUGCUCCCCUAAAGAAAUCUGUGACACGUACCAUGCCAUUCACAAAGAAGUUUAUGAGUGGUUUGAUAUAAGUUUUGACAAGUUUGGGCGGACUUCAACUCCUGAACAGACUCUAGUCUGCCAAGCUAUUUUCAAUAAGUUGUUUGAUAACAACUUUCUUUCGGAGAACACCAUGCAGCAGCUUUACUGCGAUACAUGCAAGAAGUUCUUAGCUGACCGCCUUGUUGAGGGUUCUUGCCCGUUUAAAGAAUGUAACUAUGAUUCUGCUCGUGGAGAUCAGUGUGAAAACUGUGGAAAGCUCCUUAAUCCUACCGAACUCAAAGAUCCCAGGUGCAAGGUUUGUCAAACUACACCCCGAAUUCGUGACACAGACCACCUGUUUAUUGAGCUUCCGUUGCUGAAAGAUAAGUUGGAAGAGUAUAUUAACGAGACAUCUGUUACGGGAUCUUGGAGUCAAAACGCUAUUCAAACGACGAAAGCAUGGCUUAAAGAAGGGCUUAGACAGAGAUGUAUUACAAGGGAUCUGAAGUGGGGAGUUCCUGUUCCACAUGAGAAAUAUAAGGAAAAGGUCUUUUACGUGUGGUUUGAUGCUCCUAUUGGGUACGUCUCAAUAACGUCAUGCUACACAUCUGAAUGGGAGAAGUGGUGGAAGAAUCCUGAGAAUGUGGAGCUUUAUCAGUUUAUGGGGAAAGACAACGUGCCUUUUCACACUGUGAUGUUUCCAUCUACGCAGCUUGGAACUGGGGAGAAUUGGACACUAAUGAAGACAAUCAGUGUGACUGAAUAUUUAAAUUACCAAAAUGGGAUUUCAGGAAAGUUCUCCAAGAGUAAAGGUGUUGGAGUGUUUGGUAAUGAUGUAAAAAGUACAAAUAUCCCUGUCGAAGUUUGGAGAUAUUACUUGCUGGCGAACAGGCCUGAGGUGUCGGACACACUAUUUACAUGGAAAGAUUUGCAAGCAAAACUGACUGGCGAGUUACUGAAUAACCUAGGCAACUUUGUUAACCGAGUUCUGACUUUUAUAGCAAAGCCUGAACCUGCAGGUUAUGGGUCUGUCAUUCCUGAUGCUCUUGGUGCUGAAUCUCAUCCUUUAACGCAAUCUCUGGCUGAAAAUGUUGGAAAAUUUGUGGAGCAGUAUGUUGAAGCCAUGGAAAAGGUUAAGCUCAAGCAGGGUCUGAAAAUUGCUAUGAGCAUCUCGAAUGAAGGGAACGCAUACUUGCAGGAAGCCAAAUUUUGGAAACUUUACAAGGAAGAUAAACCUUCUUGUGCAAUUGUUAUAAGAAGUGCUGCUGGUUUAGUUCAUCUUCUUGCACAAUUGUUAGAACCUUUCAUGCCAUCAUUUUCUCGUGAGGUAUUUAAACAGCUAAAUUUGCCUCUACAAUUUUCACUCACUGACGAGGGAGGAGAGGUUUUAUUAGCAAGUAGACCGUGGGAGAUUCUGCCUCGCAAUCACAAGAUAGGCACCCCUCAACCAUUGUUCAAGGAAUUGACAGAUGAAGAAGUGCAACAGUACGAAGACAAGUUUGCUGGAAAUCAGGGUGAUAGACGUGCUAGGGACGCAGAAGCCGCAAAUAUGGCGGCGGAUCAACUUAAGAAAACAAAACUUUCAGAUGCUAAAAAGCAAAAAGCAUCAAAAGGUGCAGCAACAUCCAAAACUCAACCGGAUGCUGAUCGUGAAAUUACAAUGGCAAGACUUGAUAUUCGAGUCGGCAAAAUUCUCAAGGCUGAGAAACAUCCUAACGCAGAUUCGCUGUAUGUGGAAGAAAUUGAUGUUGGAGGAGCUGAAACUCGGACUAUUGUUAGUGGAUUGGUCAAGUACAUACCUCUUGAGGAGAUGCAGAACCGUAUGGUUUGUGUUCUUUGCAACUUGAAGCCGGCGAAAAUGAGGGAUGUUAUGUCCCAAGGAAUGGUUCUUGCCGCUUCCAGUAGUGACGGCAGCAAGGUGGAGUUGGUCGAGCCCCCUGAAUCGGCUGAGAUUGGAGAGCGAGUUAGAUUUCAAGGGUUUGAAGGCGAGCCAGACGUUGUCUUAAAUCCGAAGAAGAAAGUGUGGGAGACUCUUGUGGUGGAUCUGCACACAGAUGAGAAUCUAGUUGCUUGCUACAAAGAUUUACCCUUCACUACAGAUGCAGGUGUAUGCAAGGUUUCAUCCAUCAGCAAUGGCACGAUCCGGUAGAUCUCAUUUGAAAAAUUGGGAUUUUUUUAUUAACAAACAUGUUUCUGUUGAACUAAUAACUUGUUUUCACCUUUGGUUAUUAAUUGAUGGUUUGAGAGAGAGUGUUAAUUUUUAUAUAUGGUGUUAAAUUUGGUAGGCCUGAUUAGCUUUUUAAUGGACCCGGAAGUAACCUAAUUAAACAACUUGAGGUUCCAAAAUAUCUUGUUCUGAAAAAAACAGAAUUAAUUUAUCUUACUUACUAAAAAGUGUUGGAACUCUGUUUUUUGUAAAAUAAAGAGGCUAUUUUUUUUUUUACUUCCUAAUUCGAAUACUAAAUUCUAGUAUAUUCAAACAUAAAAAAAAACUUUAAACUGAAUGAAAAAUAAAUAAUAAACUAGAUUUUGACCCGCGCGCCCGCGCGGGUAUUAUUUUCCGAUAAUUAUGUUCGUUUUAUUUGUACUACUUUAGUUUAUUGUUGAGACUAUAUAUUUUAAUUUGUUACUUUAUUGUGUUAUAUAUUUUUGUUCUUAAAUGUGUGUUGGAUCAGUCAUGUAAUUAUAUAUCUUUUUUUAAAAUGUAAGUAUGUAUUAAUAUAUCCUCAAAUGACCAUUAUGUAAGUUUUUCUUCCAUAUCUAGUCUACAAAAGAAGAAAUGAUUGAAAAUAGUUUUAUUAAAAGGUAUAUUUAAUCUUAUAUCCAUAAGGUUAUCUAAUCAUAAACUUUGGUUUUAAUAAGAUAGAUGGGAGGAGUUUUCAGGGUGAGGUUUAAAAUUUUAAAGAGUAGAAAAUAAAUACUGAAAGUUUUAAAUAUUUAAAAGCAUUUUAAUUUUUAAAUUUAUUAUUUAAAAAUAGAAAACGAUGAGUAGAAAAUUCUUUUGUGUUUUUAGUAAAACAUAUUUUGGUACUUUUCUUCUUUAAAAUUCCUUUUUAUGAUAAAAACUAAAAAUGGUUGUUUAAAAGAUUUGGCCAUUUAAAAUUGUAUCUAUGUAUUGUAUAUUGUAUCUAUGCAGAUAUUUUUGACCACAUAAAAAAACUCAUAUAUUAAUUUGUACAGAAAGUAAGUAUAGUUUAUUUUUUUAAAUGGUAGUUAAUUUGAUAAUUAAUAACAUUGGGUUGACAAAA